AUGGCCAAGUCUAAAAACCACACUAAUCACAACCAAAACAAGAAGGCUCACCGUAACGGUAUCAAGCGCCCUCAAAAGCACCGUUAUGACUCUUUGAAGUACCGUGACGCCAAGUUCCGUCGUAACCAAAAGUUUGCCAACCGUGGUACCGUCCAGGCCAACAAGGAAGCCCAGACUGCCGCUUCUGCUGGAAAUGCCUAA